AUGGAAACCACAGCCCCCGAAGAUAUUGCCGCAUUUGCCAUGUCUGCUCGGCCCGUACGUGGUCGCCAGCACAUUGCUCAACAUGUGGCCAUCGACUCUGUCAACGAUGCCGCUGCGAAGUUCCCAAGACCACUGCAGAGGGCCACACGGGCUUCUCGCACCACCCGAGCCCCGCAAUCAGACGGGAUGGAGCGCGACACCGCCCCUGAAGGUUGUGGCGAUCCAGCAUGUCGCGCUACUCAUAAGGGGCAUCAUCCAUAUCGUCACAGCGUAGCCUGCGCACACUAUCGGAGCAGCGGGAGUGGCGAGUUCAUAACUGGCCCUACAGCAAGGUUUGAAUCUUCUGCCGAGGUUUUGGGAGCCACUUCACCGGCUCCGGGUCCACGGCAGUGUCCACCACGAUCAACAGAUGAGCAUGCACGGCAUGCGAAUAUACACAGGCACCACUCUUCUGGCUUUCAUGGAGCACAUCAUAUUGCGGAACAUCUCGCAGCAGCAGCCGGACAUGAUUUCCCUAGUUUGCGUGUGCAUGCAGCAGAAAAGCCUCACCGUAAAGGAGCACACGAAGGGUUACAAAUAGCCAGGCAUCUCACUCCCCUCACGCCUGUCCAAGCUGUGGCGGAGGUCAGCUCCUACGAAUAUGUAGAAGACCCUAUACAACGGGGACAUCCUUGCCGUGAAGAGCCCGCGCAUGUCGGCUCUAGUCCGAACAACGGCAGCCAUACUCUAUCGCCUAGAGCUUUGCCCCCAGGGCUGCGGAGAACCCGUCAGAAACAUGGGUCGACGCACAAUGACUUCAGUAACUUUCGAAGCAGUCAAGGAGUAAAGCAGACCUCGGGGCAUGCCUGGACUGGAGAACCAGUUGAAGAUACACAUUCGUCAACCCAUUACAAGAAAACCUAUGCAACACACGACCAUCAGUCAGGCCAGAGCGCACAUCAUUCAAGUAAGCAGAUCACGGCUGCCGGCUCUGACUGGAGUAGUGCCUUGUGUAAUCAAGAAGAACACCAGAUCACAAGCUUGGAUUCUACGCAUUUCAACGCUGAUGUUUCUGAGGGCGCCUCAAGACCAAUGACACAAUUUGAGGCUCCCGCCGUUCCGAUCAAGCCUCACGCUGCGCACUCCAAACAAGCCGUAGUGAGGCAGCAUAUGGCGGAGGGAGGCAUCCAUAGCAAGAUAUCUGCCAUACAACAAAGAGUCGAUGAGGAAGAACGAAAGAGGUCUGGAAAAGUGGAACCCGCCACUAACCCAGUCACUCAUAAGCAAAUAGCACCCAAGAAGCGUGUCAGAAGUCCUCCCUCGUGGUUGAAGCAUCCAAGCCAUGAAGCAGCUGAGGAUUGGAUUCAUUCGAGACUACGGCAUGUCUCUACUCAAAGCCAGCAUGACUUGUGGCGCAGCCACUUGAAUGCAAAUCGACAGCUCGAUCGACCCAAGAGUUUCGUUCGCGAGGGCGGGAAUGCGCUUCGUUCAUCCAACAGAUUAUCUGCUGCGCAUGAAAAAGUAUGGAUGGCCAACCAGCAUUCAUCUUCUAAAGCUGAAGAAUCAAACAGGGCUGAGGAUUGGGCGGAACUGCUUGGUAUACGCUCAAAUCAACGCUCGUCCCAAGGAUUCCGCCAAGUACACUCUGGAGAACAUCACCGAGGCCCUGUGACUGGGUCAGACUCGGCAAGGCAAAAAACGCCGGUGGCUGUGAGACCCCAGACGCAAGCCCUUGAAAACGCCGUCGCCCAGCAUACCAUGAGGGGAUCUCACCAUGGGAACCGGACACUCCAAGAGCAAUACCAGGAGGAGACUAUGCAGACACAGGAAGAACCGCAGCGGUUGAAGAUCGAGCAGCAACUUGUUCGGGAGACGCAAAGCGCCCAGCGCAUCAUCUCCAACAAAUCUACCGCAAGCCAGGUACCUGCAACUCCUUUACAACCAGCUCAUCCGCAUCAAGUCGCUCUUCAUCAAGGCCAGGGAGCAGCCCGGGAUAGCCAAGUCGCUACGGAGGAAUUACAUCGGGAGAACGGCCUCUCCAUUGUCGAAAAACCCUUGGACCUAGAAGUGCAUCGGCCUCAACCCGUCGCGCCGCCAAAUCACGCGUGUAGCUGGAAAGACCGUUACAUGUCACUGACGACCGAGAUCCGACACCUCAAAGCCGAAAUGUCCGCUACGCACCAGGUCGAGGCUGUCUUGCAGGAGUCGCAGGAGAGUGACAACUUGGGCAUUGAGGGGUUGACCAUCGUUAUGCACCUCAAAGGCAAGGACGACUUGGUCAUCAACACGGACCUGACGCAGGAGGGUGAUGAGUGA